AUGGAGAAUUUAGGAAAAAGAGAAUCGACUGAUCAGUUACAAUCGCCGGUUGAUAAAAGAACGUGUUCUUCCUCGGAAGAAUCAUCCAAACCUGAUUCUUCGUCGGUAUCACCAGCAUCGGCGUUACAAACACAUACGGAUCCAACGAGUACUAAUCAACAACAACUGGAGGAUGAGGAUACUUUAAUGGAUGAAGCUGCGGAAUUGGAAGCUACAUCAACAACACCAGCAACAACAUCAGUUUCUGGUUCGUCGGAAUCACCAGCAUCAUCGUUACAAACACAUCUGGAUUCAACUAGUAUUCAACAACAGCAGGAUGAUGAGGAUGCUCUAAUGGAGGAACCCGCCGAACUGAAAGAUGAUGAUGAGGAGAAUGAGGAUGAUGGUUCUGAAGAAGAAGAAGAAUAUGGGGAGGAGGAUAAUGGGUUUUAUGAUUCUGAGGGUGAUGGUAAUGGUAAUGACUUGAAUGAAAUAGAGAGGGUUUAUCAGGAAAAUAGUGAAAGAAGAAAUCCGGGUGAUCGAGAAACAUUCAGGACGGUUUUAAGAAGUUUAAGUGAUGUGAAUAAUGAUGUUUCUGAACAAUUGUCAUCACUUACUGAAUUAUGUGAUGUGCUAUCGUUCUGCACAGAGAGUUCGCUUAGUGGGAGUACUGCAAGUGCGUUAUCGCCUCUUUUAGUUCGGUUAGCUAGACACGAUACUAAUCCAGAUAUAAUGUUAUUUUCAAUUAGGGCAAUUACUUAUUUAAUUGAUGCUUUGCCGGCGUCGUCUGGAUAUCUUGUUAGAGACAAUGUUGUUCCUGCACUUUGUGAGAGAUUGAUGGUUAUUGAGUACUUGGAUGUUGCUGAACAGUGCUUGUUAGCAUUAGAGAAGAUUUCCGCUGAUCAACCCGAUGUGUGUUUGCGAGCUGGGGCAAUAAUGGCUGUUCUGAAUUUUAUUGAUUUCUUCUCUUCGAAUGUCCAGAGGGUUGCGAUCAGUACUGUUAUUAAUGUCUGCAAGAAACUCUCCUCCGACACUUGGCCACUUUUCAUGGAUGCCGUUCCAGUUUUGUGCAAUCUUCUUCAGUAUGAAGACCAAAAGCUUGUUGCAAAUGUAGUUACUUGUUUAUUGAGAAUAACGGAGACAGUCAGCAAUUCUCUAAAGAUGGUGGAUCAAAUUUGCGAGCAUCGAUUGAUUCAGCAAGUAAUACCUCUUAUUUCUUCGGGCAAAGAAACCAGCUUCAACCAAUCAAUCUAUGGUCUUCUUUCGAGACUUGCAUCUGGUUCAGCUAACGCUGUCAAGAUACUUCUAGAGCAAAAAAUAAGCUGCACAUUGAAGAAUAUUUUAUCAAGUUAUGUUGGUGACGCAAACUCCAACCAGGUAUAUGAAGUUUUGAGGUUGCUUAAUGUGCUUCUUCCUCCUGUUGGGGUCAAAACGUCAUCAAGUAAGGAAAAGGUUUUAAUGGACCAACCUGAGCUACUGAGGCGUUUUGGUGUAGAUAUUGUUCCCACUUUGGUUGAGGUUGUAAAUGGUGGUGCAAGUCUACAAGUUUGUGAAGGCUGUGUUUGUGUAAUCAACAAGUUAGUCAAUGUUAGUAGAUCUGAUAUUCUGUCUGACAUACUAGACAGUACCAACAUAUCGAGUUUCCUCGCCGGUGUGUUUGCCAGGAAGGAUCACCAUGUGCUGGUAUCAGCUUUAAAUAUCGUGCAGACUAUCCUUAAAGAGCUUCCUGAUAUGUUCUUGAAACCUUUUGCAAAGGAGGGUGUUGUUUAUGCCAUAGAUAGAAUUCUAGCACCAGAAAAGUUUACACAAUCUUCUAGCUCACAGCAAAAAUUAAGCGUCAACAGUGGUGUUAGAUGCUUAUGUUAUAAUCUCAACAUGGCCAAGCCUCGAUCCUCAGAAUUAGGAAAGUGCAAACUUGAGAAGGAGUCCGUUCGCAAUUUGGCAAAGCAGAUCAAGGAAACUUAUUUUUCUAUGGAAUCACAAAGUUCUGAAAUAGGAUUGACUGAAACUCUUCAGAAGCUUAGAAAGUACUCUGCAACAUUAAAUGAUAUGGUUGAUGCAAAUGAAGACUCUUGUUUGGAAGACACCCUGGGUCAAAUAAUGAUGGAGCUCAGUGAUGGAGAUUCUGUGUCGACAUUUGAGUUUAUUGAAAGUGGAAUUGUGAAAUCUUUACUAAAUUAUUUUUCCAAGAGCCAGUAUCUGAAAGAAAAGGUUGUAGAGCAUCGUGGAUUAUCAGAUUAUUCACAUGUUAUAAUGAAGAGGUUUGCAACGUUUGCUAGUUUCUCUUUACCAUCAACGAGCCUACAAUCGGAGGGGAUACCUUUGGCAAUCCUUGUGCGGAGACUGCAGGUUGCAUUAUCUACUUUGGAGAACUUCCCGGUUAUUCUAAAUCAGACUUCAAAGCCAAGGGCUGUAUAUGCUGCCAUUCCAAAUAAGCAUACGACACAUCCGUGUUUAAGGGUUCAGUUUGUGAACGAAGAGGGAGAGACAGAUCUUUGUUAUGAUUCUUUAGAUGCUGUAAAUAUUGAGCCUUUUACCUCUUUUGAUGCCAUUGAAAGAUAUCUGUGGUCCCAGAUCAGUGUCAGGAGAAAUGACGCUCAAACAACAUAUAUUGAAGGCGAAUCAGAAGAUGAUUCCAUGGAGCCUGAAUCAGAAGAUGAUUUCAUGGACGUUGAGGAGCAGUCUUCCCCAGAGGUUAAUGAUAUUGCAGGGGAAGAUGAUUCCAUGAAGCCCGAGGAGCAGUCUUCCCCAGAGGUUAAUGAUAUUGCAGGCAAAUUAGAAGAUGAUUCCAUGGAGACUAAGGAGCAAUCUUUCCCGGAGGCUGAUGGUAUUGCAGGCGAAUCAGAAGAUAAUUCCAGGAAGUCUGAGGAGGAGCAGUCUUCCCCGGAGGUUAAUGCUACCCCUAAAAUGCAGAACUCAGUUGAUGAGAGUUCCUCCUGCAUUGCAUCAGCCAGUAUAGAAGAACAUGGAUCAGGUGGUGUUGACGAUUGCCAUCAGAAGUUGAAAUUUUCCUUAGAUGGAAGAGAGCUAGAUUUGAGAUUGACCCUCUAUCAAGCAAUUCUUCAGUUACAAGUGAAGGAACAAAAUGAUAUGGUUGCAGACAAAAACUUCUGGUCCGCAGUGUAUAAUAUUACAUUUAAAAAGGAUGUCGAAGUAAAGGAAAGCACAACUGAGGAAAGCACAACUGACGACUGCCUUGUAGAAACUCAAAUUUCUACUGCUCAAGACUAUCCAGGGAAGUUCUACCAGAAUUUGCUGUGCCUCUCCGGUAUGCUGACAGUGCAACUUCCGUAUGAUUUGGAGAAGUCGGAUCCAGUUUAUGAGAUACUUUUUCUUCUCAAAAUUUUGGAAGUUAUAAACAUGUCAAGUUGUAAUCUGAUUUCUCAUGAAAGGGUAAAAGCUUUUACAAAAGGGAAAAGUGAUGACUUGGACAGUUUAGCAGUAACUGUCAUUCCAGUUCCGCUGAGUGAGUUUGUGAGCAGUAAACUGACUGAAAAGUUGGAGCAGCAAAUGGUAAACCCUUCAGCUGUAUGUGCCGGUGCAAUGCCAUCAUGGUGUAGUCAACUAAUGGCUGAGUGCCCCUUCCUAUUUAGUUUUGAAGCAAGGAACAAAUACUUCUUAUUGACAGCACUUCGUUCUCAACCAGCUCAAUCUCAUUCCUCUUCAGCAUCAUCCAAUGACAACUCGAGUGAUAGGCGCUCACUUGUGGGUAACUUGCCUCGGAAGAAGUUUCGAAUUGACAGGACUGACAUCCUAAGCUCUGCUGCGCAAAUGAUGGAUGCUCACGCUCACAAAAGGAUUACACUCGAAGCGGAAUACGAUGAUGAGGUUGGUACAGGUCUUGGUCCAACUCUGGAGUUCUAUACUUUGGUUAGUCACGAGUUUCAGAAACUAGGCAUGGGUAUGUGGAGGGAAGAUCGCAGUUUCCCUAGUUCAGAGAAAAAUGUAGAACCUGGCUUUGUAGUUGCUCCUUCUGGACUUUUCCCACGCCCAUGGUCAGAUUCAAUGGAAUCGUCAAAUGGGGUUGAGUUUCCUGAGGUGUUAAAGAGGUUUGUCCUUCUCGGAAAGGUUGUAGCCAAAGCACUUCAAGAUGGUAGAGUUAUGGACCUUCCCUUAUCUAAAGCCUUUUAUAAACUUGCUCUGGAUCAGGAUCUUAACAUACAUGAUAUCCAAUCACUUGAUCCUGCGUUUGGAAGGGUUCUGGUAGAGUUUCAGGCUCUUGUCGAUAGGAAUAGAAUUUCGAGUCCAAUAUCUGCCUUAUAUGUUAGGAAUACAAAGAUUGAUGACCUUUGUCUAGAUUUUACUCUACCUGGUUAUCCAGAUUACCUGCUUUCAUCCAGCGAAGAUCAUAGAAUGGUGAAUACGGCCAACCUGGAAAAAUAUGUUUCACUGAUCGUGGACGCCACUUUGAAUUCUGGAGUUUUGAGGCAAGUGGAUGCUUUUAAAUCAGGGUUUAAUCAGGUAUUUCCGUUAACAAGUCUCCAAGCAUUUUCCGCGGAAGAGAUUGAUCGAUUAUUGUGUGGAGAACAAGAUGCUUGGACUUCAAGGGAGCUUUUGGAUCACAUCAAGUUUGAUCAUGGGUACACAGUUACCAGUCCUCCAAUCAUUUAUUUGCUAGAAAUUAUGAAGGACAUGCAACGUGAUCAUCAACAAGCUUUUGUUCAGUUUGUAACUGGAGCACCUCGACUCCCGCAUGGAGGCUUAGCAUCUUUGAACCCUAAGAUGACAAUUGUACGAAAGCAUGCAGACGAAUUGGCUGAUGGGGAGUUGCCUAGUGUGAUGACUUGUGCUAAUUAUCUCAAGCUUCCUCCUUACUCAACCAAGGAUAUAAUGAAGGAGAAGUUGCUGUACGCUAUAACUGAAGGACAAGGAUCUUUUCAUCUGUCUUAG